AUGGCGGGCGAACAUCUUACCAUUCGCAAUCUUACAUCCACACCAAUCGCGUUGAAACAUAUUGAACGCUUCCAUGCGCCCGGGAGGUCAUUUGAUGAUGUCCAUACCUUUGCAAGGAAUUUUACACGGGUUUUGACCAAUGUCACACGCGCAGAUACACCCGUGGCUGCAUUGGAUGAUGACACCCAGCCUUUUGCCCAGGAGGACGUUGAUAUCCAUGUUGCACCUUUUGAGUCGGUUCAGACUGAGCUCCCCCCGUUUAUUGAUUCGAAAAAGGAACGAAUGCGCUGGGUCUUUGAGGUGGAAGGGGAAAGGCAUCAGAUCCAGACCCCAGUCCCGACCACCGAAACUGCUACUAUGAAACCGCUGUGCGACAACCCUAAGUUCAAGUUCACAGGGAUUUACGUCACAGCAGCAUCCCACCUCACGAUAUACUCUUCUGCCAAUUUGAAUGCAUGGAUGGGCGAGCUGAAGGAUGACACUUUGCUCUCUUCUCUGUCCAUUCCAGGCACGCACAACUCACCUACCUGCCAUGUUGCAGCGCCAUCUGUUCGCUGCCAGGCAGUUAGCCCUCGAGAGCAGCUCAGGAACGGGGUUCGAUUUUUUGAUAUCCGAGUGCAGCCUCAAUAUCCAGAAGACCCCGAGAAAGAUGAGCUUAUCCUUGUGCACAGCGUCUUCCCCAUCUCUUUAACAGGCAACAAAUACUUCCGCGAAUUGAUGCGCGAAGUUGACGAGUUUCUCGAGAGCAACCCCUCUGAAACACUCAUCAUCUCUCUCAAACGUGAAGGCCCGGGCAACCACACCGAUGAGCAGCUGAGUAGGAUCAUCAACGACCAUUACGCGCAUUCAGAAAGCAGGUGGUAUAUAGAACCCAAGAUCCCCACCCUAGGCGAAGUGCGCGGAAAGGUCGUUCUGGUGCGUCGAUUCAACAUCUUGGAUGAUCUGAAAGACAUGCAUGACGGAAAGGGAUGGUGUAUCGAUGCCACUGGCUGGGCCGAUAACUGUUCCGAAGCUAUCUGUCCCAGCGGGCAGCUCUGCAUCCAGGAUUUCUACGAGGUCCUAGAAACCAAGAACAUUGACAAGAAGAUCCAAUAUGUGCGGGAGCAGUGUGAACGCGCAGGACGCACUCAAUACCCGUUUGGUGUGCUUCCAGGUCCUCUGGCAACACAAGCACAUCCAUUCUACGUCAACUUCCUAAGCGCCAGCAACUUCUGGAAAGUGGGCACUUGGCCUGAGAAGAUCGCGGCAAAACUGAAUCCCGCUACUGUGGAGCAUCUCUGCAGGACGCACGGAGAAGGCGACGGUGACUGGUCCACUGGUAUCCUGGUUACAGACUGGGUGGGCUUAGAUGGUGAUUGGGAUCUUGUACGAUGCAUUGUGGGUAUGAAUGCUCGGUUGCUGUACAGACAGUUGCAGUAUGACGAGCAACAUCAUGACAGCGAUUAG